UAUGAGUCGAUAAGUAUAUGUUGGGCGUUUGAGUUCCAGGAUCCGUAGAGAGCACCUUCAAUAAGAGUUUGAGAAAUUCGGCAAAAUCAAGGAUAUUGAUUUACGAAAUACUCAUGCUUUUAUUGAAUUUGAAAAUGGAGAUGAUGCCAGAGCAGCCAUUUCAAAAAUGGACAACAAACGAUUGAAUGAAGGCAGUGAUCGUAUCACAGUCAAAUCAAGAGGUAGAAAAAAGAGAUGGAUGAAAUUGAAAAGAUGAUCGACCGUAAGGUGCAAGAGGACCCACAUCCAGAGACGUAUGUUUCAAUUGCGGCCGCAAAGGACAUUGGGCAAACGAAUGUAAAGAAGGUAUACACUUAUCCCAAUUUCACCAGGGGACUUACGAGACACAUGUUAUCGUUGCUAUAAAAAAGGUCACAUACGUAAAGAUUGUCCAAAAUCAAGGACACCAUCCGAGAAAAGAAGGUAUACAUGAAUAUUUAUUUUUUAGUCGAAGAGAUAAAGAUAGAAAGAGAAGAAGAUCUUCAUCUUCCUCAUCAAAGUCUUCGGAAUCCUCUAAAUCUAGGAGAAGAUAUAGAUAAUAGUAGAAACAAUAGAAGAAACCUAAUAGAAGAUCACCUUCUUCAAGUGAAAGCAGAUCCAAACCCUCAUAAUCAUCACAAAGCUCUAGGUAUUUAAAAAUUAUUAGUAUAAUUUAAGCAAAUAACCAUGAUUUAAUGAGUGUAUUGUUAUAUUCAUAAAUCAAUAUAUAAUAUUAUAACAUAUAUAUGAAUUAAUAAUUGCAUCACAGAAUAGGUAGAGAACAUAAAGUGGAUAUUGCAGAAUAAAGAAUAAGAAAUUUAUUUAAUAUAGACAUUCUCUAGAAUGUUCAAAUUAGGAGAACUUAAUUUAUUAAUUAAAUACAUUCUAAUCCUAAAUCCCUAAUUUAAGAAGGUUUUGUUGUUCAUACUAUACCUCUGAGAAACUGUGAUAUCAUGAAAAUAUAUAACUAUCCAAAGAAAAAAUAAUAACAUAAUCAAUAACUAACAUGUCCUGAUCAAAUUCCUUAAAUUACAUAAGAGUAAAUUUAAAGAAUUAUGACUACUGUAAAAAAAGAUAGAUCAAUGAAUAUAUCUAUAGAUAAUCAUUCCAAUACAAUAGCCAAAAUGCCUGCAUUCUACACUAAACAUUAAUGUAUCAUAUUAUAAAAUUGAGCCAAUAGUAAAACAUAACAAUAAAUGUUAACAAACGAAAGUAUUGCAAUUAGAAUUAGAUCUUUAAGUAGAGUCAAAGAUAAUCUUUAAGAUUCUUCGAAUUUUCAAAAAAGAUCAGCAACAUCAAAUAAGAAGAAAAGAUUAAGCUAAUAUAAGCAACAUUUGUAGUUACAAGUCAAUAGUUUUACGUAAGACUCUUACUUUAAUUGAAUUAUUCUUAAUAUAUAUAUAUAUAUAAUAAAUAAAAUUUAUUGGAUGUCAACAAUAAUAAUCAAUGAGGAUUAUGAUUCUGAUUUAGAGAUAUUUGAACAAAGAAAUCAACAAAGUAUCAAGUUCAUUCAACUUAGUUUAAUAAUUAAAAGAAUAGCAGUUACAAUUUAAAGAAUAAUUACUCUAACAUAUUUAGAAUAAAGAUUAUGAUUAUAACUUAAUAUCUCCAAUUCCAUAUCCGAUGGAUAAGAAGAUCAAAGAAAAGAAUUAAAAUACAACUAAUCUAUUAUAAUUAAACAAAAGUCAUGAUUUAGUAAGUGAACGAUCAUAACCUUCAUCAAAUUAUUAAUUUCCAUCCAAAAAUAGCAAAACAAAUUUAAAAGGAAAUUAUCUGUUCAAAUAGAAUUAUUUACCUAAAACUCCAAUAAAAAAAGUAUCUAAUGUGACAAUCACAAAAUCUUAUUGCAAUAAGAAUCAAAGUAAUUUGAAUAAUAAGAAAUCUCCUUCUAACAUUUCAACUGGCGAAUAAAAAUCAUCAAGAACUCCAGAAUAAAUAAAACAUUAUGUAGGUGUGUUAUCACCCUCUCCUUAUAAUUCAUGGCUCAAAAAAGAUUAUGAGAACAAAUCAAAAUAAUAUAAUUUGGCUUCUUUUACAAAUAAACCUGUUGAUAAACCUUGUCAAAUUAUGAAAACAGAAGAAAAUACUAAAAUUAACAAACCAUAAGAAAAGAAAAUUGUAGUUCAAACUGAGAAACCUAAAAAAGGAUUUGAAUAAUGGUAUGAUUCAUAAAAGAAAUGGUAAUAUUGAGUGUAACUUUAUUUUAGGUUGAAAUAAACUGAGGAGAAAAUCUUUAAAUAAAAAUUAUAAAUGGAAUAAGAAUUAGGUGAGUAAGAACAAUUUAGUCAUUCUCCUGAAAUUCAUGAAGGAUCUAGAUAUAUUGUGCAAAAGAAAUAUAAUAAUGCUAGUUUAUUAGAAAGAUAGAAAUUCUAUUAAGAAGAAUUAUAAUAUAAAUAAUUUUAAAAGAAAUUGAGAGAGGAAGAAGAUAAGAAAAUUAAUUAAAUUAGAAUAAGUCCCUUAUCAAGAAAGAUAUUAAGAAGUGCAUCUCCUAAAUCUAAUUGUUCUUUUACAAUUUGCAAUUCAUCUAACUAAAAUUAUUCAACAAUAAUAAAAAAAUGA